AGAAUCAAGGUUCCGAGGUCUAUUUAAGGCUGCGAUAUGAAGUAAGCAGAGAACAAGACAGAGAGAGGGAGAGAGGAAGAUUUAUUCAGAGAUGGAGAAAAUAAAGGAAAAAAUUGAAAAGGGGAAGCGACUGUUCACCCACAGAAUCGACAGCUGCAGAUUCAAACCUGGAGAUCAUAUAUAUGGCUACAGGGGAUUUGGUUCAUACAGCCAUCAUGGAAUAUAUGUUGGUGAAGAUUGUGCGAUUCAUUUCAUCCCGACAGAACGUGACGGUCUCUCCAAGCAAGACCCUCCUUGUCCAAAAUGUGGAUAUCAGCACAACGUUCACCUCGGAGUGGUGAAGACCUGCCUGGAUUGCUUCCUAUCCAACGGUGCCCUUUCAAGCGAUUCCCUCUGUCUUUACCAAUACGAAGAAUCGAAGUUGGUUAAGAUGUUGAAAAGAGCUGGCAGCUGCAGCGGCUCCAAAUGUUUACCACCCCAAACCGUUGUGAACAUUGCCAACGAGCUCCACAAGGAAAAUUGUUUCGGCCGCUAUGACCUUGUUGGGAACAACUGUGAAGACUUCAGUACAUUUUGUAAGACUGGCAUUCGCAGAAGUGAACAGGUCCUUAGUGUUAUGAAUUUACCUAUGAUGCCAUUCCUGGCCAAGGUAUUGGAGAGCUUAAAGCUCUCUCUACCUAAAUAAUGCUUUAGAAAGAAAAUCCAAAAAAUUGUGUGUAAUUUCAAUAAGAUUUAGGAGGAUUUCUGAGUACCAAAUUUCUUAGAUUUCCUAAUGAUGAAGAUAUAUCAAGUGUUAACAUUGUUGACUUUAGUAUUAAUUCCAUCAAAUACUUGUUAUUUGUGCUCUUA